AUGCUCAAUUGUUUCAGUGCCACGGGCGCUCUCCUCGACUCGUUCGCCCAUCCGGGAGUGAGCGUUGGAGAGCCAGUUGGAGAGGAUCGUGAACGUAUGGUACAGAUAUUCGUACGGCAAUUAUUACUGGCACUGAAACACCUCCAUGAUAUGCGGAUAGCUCAUCUUGACCUCAGACCGGAGACGAUUCUUCUGCAGGACAACAAAUUGAAACUGGCCGAUUUUGGCCAGUCAAGGAGACUUCUCCGAUCGCCCGAAUUCGUUUCACCAGAAAUCGUGCGUGGAUAUCCGCUUACCCUGGCAACGGAUAUGUGGAGCGUUGGCACACUCACCUAUGUAUUGCUAACUGGUAUCUCUCCGUUCCAUGGUGAUAACGACAGCGAAACGCUGGCAAAUGUGAGCAAUUGCGCAUACUCAGUGAAAGGCGAUGAAUGGAAUCCGUUCACAGCCGAAGCAGCUGAUUUCGUCAAACACCUUCUGAUGGAGAUUCCUGGGGAAAGGAUGACCGUCGAUGAAGCUUUGGAACAUCCUUGGCUAUCGGAUCCUUCUUUGAAAACAGCGCCGCUAUCUGCCGAUACAUUACGUGAAUUCAAAUAUCAGCACAAAUGGCUGGUAAGGCAAUUAUUCCUGAUUUUGCUUAAAGAUAUUAAAACGUUCGUUCGAAAUACCCGCAUAUUGAGAGUAAGUUGA